UAUAAAAAAUGUAAAAAUGGCGUCGGAGCUGGAAAACCUGUGGGAUCCAUCUUCUGCCAUGCAGAGAUGUUGGACAGAGUGUGAAGCAGAACCAGAGAAUAUUUACAAAUAUCCAGCUAGAGAUAAGGAUAUCAGAUAUAUACAGGGAUACAGGGAUGAUGCAACAAGGGAUGAAUGGGAGAACCAUGUUCUUUUCUUCAGUUGUUUAGAGGGCUGCAGUGCUAAGAAAACUCUUGGUUUCUUGAUUCCGAUAUUUCUUGUUGUAUCACUUGUUCUUCUUCUAUGUUUCUGCUUUAUUUGCAGAGGAUGCCCUGGAGCCCGCUGGUUGAAGAGACGACAAUAUCCAAACAAGCAGAGGAUACACCCCCAGCAGAUUAUGGUUAAUACUGUCUCAUAUCCAGGAUAUCCAGGAGCAGAGGAAGGGAUUAGUAGGAGGAGGGAGAAUAAUCUAGCUAAGAGGUUGCAGGCUCUAGAAGGAACUAUUUCUGCUCCCCCUGCAGCUCAAUACAAUCCUGCAGGGGGUGGUAUGCUGGUAGGAUGGUUGGGUGGAGAAGGCCAGGGGAAAAAUACCUGCUCGGGUUGGAUGUAUGGUUCGGAUUACUCCGGAGACAAGAACCUGGCCUGGAUGGGAGUUCCAGACUCCGGUUCAGGAGGAUCUGGUAGACCAAAAACAAUCCGAGUAAAGAGUUCAACCACUAUACUGGUUUCAAGAGGUUGAAUUCUUCUGUUUAGAAAUAUUUUCUAAAAUCAACACAAUUUAAUUUAAAAAUAAAAUAUGAAAAACA